UGCAAACCUUGAUGCGAAAAACUGUGCAGCACACGGAACCAUGCAAACGGCGAGCACUCCAGCUCCCUACCCUCCAACACAUCCUCCAAUACAAAAUGGAUACCAGCCCCUCACAGAAUCUGAAAUUUAUGCCAUCAAACGACAGUACUUGGGACUGCUUCCUCCACUACAGAUAAUAGAUAUCUGUCUUACAUUUGAGGCCCAUGCACCACUCCAUGUAAAAAGUACUGUGUGGCCGUAUGACAUUCGAGCUGCAAUUGCAGCGAUUCAGGCUCAAAAUGCUCAGAUCUCUCAGCAUGCACAAGCUCAACAGUCGAGCCCUUCAUUGGACUCUGGGGAUCAACCUAAAUCAACAUCACCGCCAAACGAUUCACCUUCGGACACAGGAGACAAAAUUGCUUCAUCCUCUUCUGAGCAGCUGUCAGGUCCCACUGUAACGCAUGGCCCAGUCUCUGGUAGUGUAACACCGUCUGCAGCAGCUCACCCACCUCCACCGCCGCAAUCCCUUCCGCACUAUCCGCACCAACCCUAUUACCAUCCUUCGUAUCCACAUGCUCCGUACUACCCCGCGCCGCCCCAAGCACACUACAGUUUCCCCCAUCCAUAUCCCCCUUACCCUCACCCACCUCCGGCCCAAUACCAAUCAAAUCCGCCUCCACCGCCUCCGCCAAGUCACCCACCACCGUUAUUCACGAGUUCACCUUUAGCUCAUCCCUCUCAUCCUUCUGAACAACCCCCGCCAUCAAGUACUGUCGAUGACCUCCCUAGUUAUGAAGAAAUGAUUGUAGAGGCCCUGAUAGAUUUUGGUGACCCAGAGGGGUGUGCACCAAAGGCCCUCUUUAGUUGGAUGGCAUCACAUUACCCGUUACAGUCAAAUUUUAGGCCUUCAGCUAGCCAGGCCCUCCAAAAAGCCUUCAAACGUGGACGCCUAGAAAAGGGGAAUAAUGGGAAAUACAGAUUAAAUAGCAACUGGGAAGGUGGGAAUACUUCCAAAAGAACUACUCGUCGUCCGCAGACUCACGCUCAAACCGCACUGUCUGCCCAUCAGGGACAUGUAUCGUCAUCACCUUUCACUCAUAUUCCCCUUGUCCAUGACGCAGAUGCCGGUGCUUCGUCGUCCCAGCCACAUGUUUCCGCACAAGGACAACCUGGUCAUCCUUAUGGCUUUGGUUAUCCAGGACCGUCCGCGUCUACGGCAAAUCAUCGCCCUCAACCUGCUCCGUCGGAAACACAAACUGCCGAAAGCCAGGUUCGAGAAGGCGGCGAUGCUUGGGAAGCGGCCCAAAACAUUCUCAAAGCCAUAAAUUUUGGACAAUUGUUCCAAAUCUCGAACGAGGACGGAUCAACACAUGCAGAUACCGCGAUGGUGGCUCAAGCGCCUCCGGUGUUUGCCGGUUCCGUCGAGGUAUCGUCGACAUUCGAUAACCAAGCGGUUUCGACAACUCUGGGCACGUCUCUGCCAUCUCAUAAUACCGAGACCCUAUUACGCACUGAGUUGAGCAGCGACGAGAGGGCGGCACUGCAGGCUGAGCUUGCCCUCUUAGCCGCGCAGCUGGCAGAGUUUGCAGAUGUGAGCGAGGACGAGCUAGCCCAAGACCUCAACCCUCCCAGAAGCAUCGACAUCGAAGAGGGUUAUGUUUCCGCUGCGACUACAAAAUCUCAAGAUUCUCAUAAUUCUGUCCAACCUCUGGUAGACCAGAUGAACAGUGAAGAUGACGAUGAUGACGAUAUGGACAUGGUUGAAGUACACGUACCGAUGGCUUCGCUAAUAGCGUAAUUAUUCUUUGCGUUUUUUGAUGUAGCUGAUGGAAAUAUUAAUGAUACUGUAGUUUUGAAUGAUCCAAUUAUUUCCCUUCAGCGCUGUGUUGCCAGUAUUUCGCCAAGACCCCUUCCUUCGAUGCUCUGAAAGGAUGUCAUGUCCCAGUCGGGGUUCUCCGAUACCUCAACCAUAAGGAGCCUGCG